CUGAAGUGCCAUUGGAUGAUCUGGUGAAGCAGUAUGCUGGUGCUUACGCAGAGGGCUUUGAGUGGCCGCAGCCUUCCAGCCAGAGCGAAGAUGAAGACAGAGAGGAAGCUGAUGACAUGGAUCCUCCAUUGGACAGUCCACAUGAUGCAGUGCUGAUAGACUCUUUGCUGAGCAUGGAUCAGUACCGUGGGGCCGAGCGGAUGGCUUUUGGCCCUGAUGGGAAGCCCACAAAGGAUAUCGCUGAGGUUGCUGCAGCAACGGACCUGAUUCUCCCCAAAGGCAGCGCCAGGACCACUCUAACUAGUCGUUCCUCUCCUCCUGCUCUGCUGCACGGCUCUCUGAGAGAGUACCAGCAGGUCGGGGUGGAGUGGCUG